UAAAAUGUCUCGCCUCUAGUGUAACAUGUGAUGUUUGGCGAUACGUUCCAAGGUGGGGCUGCUGUAGAUAUUUUGGUUGCUCAGGGAAAUGUCGCAGUUCCGACCUCUAUAAAAUCGAACUCAAGGUGCCAGCUAACGCGGUCUUACGAGCGGGACGUGAAAGGAAAUGUUUUCAUUUUAACUUCCAAAACAGGAUCCGUGCCUUGCCUCAACAUUCCGAGCGAGAAAUCUGCAUCAUUAAAAAUUGUACAGUCUAUUUUGUGUCUUCAACUUAACAUAUCACAGUCAUCGGAACUAACCGUUGAUGUAACUAUUUUCGACCAAGCUAACUCGAAAAGACGUCUCAGUUUUGCAACUGCUCACAAAGUGUCAGCAAUUACUCCUCUGCAUACGAAGUUGCCAUUGAAAAAUGUACCUAGAAAUUCAUGGUUCAUGAUAAAUAUUGACCUGCUUACGUUGACAUCUGGCUUAUACCCUGGACAUUCUUUCAAAUUCUUGGACUCACUGACAGUUAGCUCGAAAUGCAAAGUAAGGCGAAUAUUCACCGUUCGGGAUGUGAACUGUGCUUCAGAUUUGCCAAAAGCCGCUGAGUUUCCAUUCGGAGUCAAAUACGAAACUAAACUUAUUAAUUUCGAAUGUUACGAAGGAAUUUUGCUAUCGUCGCAACGAAUAAUACAUAGUGCACCAAAGAAGUUAAACCAAUCAGCAAACAACAUCAAAGCGGUUGCACCAAAUAAAGAAUUAAUAAAAAGUGAGGCAAUUAAAAAUGGUUCUUUUGAAUCAUUGGUUAGUAGUCAUGGAAGCGAAGAGCUGAAUAUAUCAGGCCGACAUGGAAUCUCCUCUGCUCCUGUCGGAAAGAGACCAAAUCAUUGUUCCGUAAACCCUCAACCGCCCGCUCCCUCGAAAAGUGGGAAAAGUAGCAGCAGAAUAAGAGCUCGAGUUUAUAGCAACGAGAAAGAACCGAAGCCUAGUGCGUCUCCUGACAACGCCAGCAAGGUUCCAGAAGCUCCGGUGCCGGAACCGCCUGUUUCAGAUCACGGCUUGUUCACGUUCUCCUCUAUGCCCCGAGUAGCUCCUGUUCCAGAGUCACCGUCUGUCAAACCUGUCUCGCCAUUUGAAGCAAAUAAUGUGGUCCAAAGUGCCAAAGACACUUAUAGUCCUGCAAAAGAGGGAAAAUCAGUUCCACAAAUUUCAAAGAAGUUUUCAGAUGCGUUCAAACUACAAAGUGGAGAAAACGAAAGAAAUAAGAGGAACGUUCAUCUGGCCGACGACGGUUUAGACGACGAGAAAGAAAACAUGGUGGAAAAGGAGAGAGAAUCAGGCGAAAUAACAGCCAGGACAAAUGUGCACACUCCUUCGGACUACGACUGGAGGAAUUACGCUCCACCGGACACUGGUCGCAGUGCCUCAUCAGUGGAACAGAGCAUGUUAAACUCUAUUUUAGAUCCCCAUUACCAAGAUGGAGAUACAGACAUACACAACCCCCUCUCAGCUUUAGAAGACUUGAGCAUGCAAUCAAGCAAGUACAAUUUGUCGUCUAGGCUAGACUACUUAAACAGCAAUAAAUCAACUCAGCUUAACGCAAUGGCGAGAGCGAAUAACCAUAAUUAUGACGAAGCAUCGUACCAGUUGCCCUCUUUGGAGAACUUUAGAUUAGGGAGGAACAACAAUGCAAUGAGAUCAAGUCCUCCGUUGAUGCUACAAAAUGAGCAGCUAGAAGAAUCAGAAAUGGAAAACAGAGAAAGAGAAAGGGACUCUUCGAACGUGAACAGUGAACCGGACGAGGAACUAGAGUUAAUCUACGACCCGGACUUGAACUGUUACUUUGACCCAGUCACUAAUAAAUACUAUGAACUGCGUACCUGAAAAUCAUUCCAAACAUGCCUUCUAACAUCAGUCAUUAUAGUUUAGAUUAAGUACUUUCUACUGUAGAUUUCAUAAACAUAGUUGUUUUCUAUUUAUUGCUCCAUAAUUCAGCUUUAUGAACUGAUUAUUUUCAA